AUGAUGUGCUUCCCAUGCCGAAAUGAGUUAAAAGUCCAAGUGGCUCGAAAUGUCUCACAAAAGGAAGAGGAGGAGGAGAAGACGGAGAAGCCCCAAUAUACAAUAAUUUUGAGUGACAGGACGAGACGGUGGUUCUUGUGUCUGAACGGUAGCACCAUCACCAGCAUGGAGAUCGCUCUCGAUGAAGAUCUCCCAUACGAGUGCGCAUGGACAGGAUCUCAGGAUUCGGUUUGCAUACGCGUCCGACCGCUAUUGCAGCCUCAACAAAGUAUCCAAUUGGGCGAGUACACAACAUCUUUUCGCGACGCAAUUCUGUGCCUUCAAAUCUCUGCUGAAGUGGAGAGUUCGCAACGCAAUGUCUGCUUAGAAGUACGAGCCAGCCUCAAAUCAGUUGCCAAAAAGGAUCUUUCCCUUGCCUACCGUCUCCUACGAAGUCUUCGAACAGCCCGACGGAAGCUCAAGUUGGCGCUUCUGAAACAAGGUGUGGGGUCCAAGGCAGCUCGUGCGACCAUCCAAAUCAUCAACCGAUUGGUGAAGGUGAGGCACGAUAUGAAAAUGACGCAGUGGGAUUAUGAGGGCAUCACCGCAGUGGAUCAAAAGGGGUUCAUUGGCGUCUCUGGUUGUCGUUGCGAAGUUCCAGGAAAUGUGGAGGAAGAAAUAGACGCUUACAUCACUUUCAAAGCAAAGCAACAAAAUCUGGCUUGGGAGGAGCAAAAGUUGGUCAGAAGCCUUUUUGAUAGGACCAAAAAGCUCUCUUCUUGGAGUAAUGCAUCUCUGUUGGCAUACAAACAACAUCCAAGCCUCUCUCGAAUUCUUCAAGGGCUCAACUUUCUGCCGAGGAAUAUGACAGACUUGGAGACGAGUCUUCAUCUUGUUCCUCGCUAUCUGACAGAAGAAUACACCUCUGAAAUCUCGAAACGCUCUUCAAACGCCCUAGAGCGAGCUGUUCUCUUGAAACUGGAGGAGAUAGUGGUGAGACGACGUCCUAAAGACUUUUACUUCCUCAACAAGUCUGGAUGUGUAAAGGAUUGGUUAAAUCGACUGCCAGGGAAGAGUCAGAGUUCCAAUGUCUCGGCAUCCGACGUCUGCAAAAGUGGAACAUUAAGGCACCCUUCAUUGCUAAGCUUUGCGCAUGGUGAAGUUGAAGUGGACCACAAAAUGGGCCUCUCAGAGUAG